UUCCCCGGCUGUGUGGCAGCAGGACGCGCGUCGGCGAGCUGCCCCGUGGAGAAGCAUGUGAUGACUCACGCGAGGCAGAAGGGUUCCCUCAGGCCGAGCGACGCUGCUGCCAAUUGGUGGGACAGCUGCCCUCGUUGGCCACAUGGUGGCGCUAUGGGCGACGCCUUGCCUGAGCGCUCACUUCGAUUCGGGAGGACGAAGAAGAUAAGUGAGGUCAUCAAGAAAAAGAAAGUCAUGGCUAAGAGGGUGGACGACAAGAGAGGGACGGAAAAAUCGGACCAGAACAGAAAACUGGACCGGAGGCGCGAGAAGAAACGGGACAGGAAGUCGUAUCCUCUGCGGGGGCGGGCCGCGGGUCCAGACGGGGAGGGGCUUAGCUGUCACGUCCUCCUCACCCGAUUGGAGGAGAGCAUCCGAGAGAAGGAGAGCUCUGGAGGAAGGGAUGCGUGUCUCAAACCCAAACCCAAAAAGGUGAAAAGCGUCGAAAGAAAAGAGGCGAAGUCAUCACCAAAAACCAAAUCAAAGUCAAACAGCCCAAGUCGUGGCGAGUGUAUUAAUGUUCUGCAACCUCGCAAGCGCAGGCUGGCCUCUCUCAAUGCCGAGGCGGUCAACAGUCUACUGCUUGAAAGAGCAAAUGAGACGCAGACGGCGGCUAAGCAGGCCAGGAGACAGGAAGAGCCCACAAAUGGAGGGACAUCCCUGGAUGCAAAUCCAGCCAGAGGGGGUGUCGCUGGAGGUCUGAAGGCCGCACGAGGAAGCAUCAGUAAAACCUCCACGUCUCACAAACAGGACCGGUGCCAAAGCUCCAAGCAGAUCAAGAAGGCCAAAGCCAUCCGAGCACAGAUUCAGAGUCAGGAGAGUCUGGACGCCCCGGCUCCCAGACGACUGGCUGGACUCAACGCCGCCGCCCUCCUGAAGUUAACCAGCUCCUCCGCUACCAGCAAACAGAGAGUAAAGAACGCACCCACGGCGACUGUAACGUCAGAGUGCAAGGCUCCCACCGCGGCCUCGACCCCAAAACCCCCCAGGGUCAAACACAAGGGGCGCUCACAAAAGCAGAGCGGGAGGAAAGUGGCGCCGGUGCACAGCGGCUGCACGGCCUGCAAGAAGAAGGCGGACUUUGAGCCCAAAGUGGAGUGGGAGACCGGCAGCUGCACCCGUCGGCUGACCAAACCGGGCUACCAGUCCCGCAGCAUGCUGGCGUACCCGCUGAAGCAAGUGAAGGAGGAGCAGCUGGAGACGGAGCUGAGCCCGUACUACUGCUGCCCCGAGGGCUCGGUGGAGUACUGCCACCGCUUGGCCUUCUUCCUGGGCCAGCAGCCCUACGGAUCGGACGAGCCGCCGCUGACCUCGGCCCUGACCCCUGUGAAGCACGAGUGCCUGGUGACCUCGCCGCCCCUGACGCAUUCCCACCCCCACCCGCACACGGCCCUCACCCUCAGCCCCCACCCGUGCCUCUGCACCGCCGACCACUGCUUCUCCAGCUACUACGUCCACAUCGCCCACCCGACGCACACUGGAACGACGUCAGCGAGCCUGGCCCCGCGGCCUCUGAACUUUGCCCCCUCCGGUUUGUGCCCCGAUCGGAUGUCCGGCUCCAAGCUGCUGGGGCCGCGGGUGUCCCACGGCUCGGGGCUCGCCCACCCGGCUUACUGCAACUCUGUGGCGUCGCCCUGUUACGGCGACGCCUGCGGGAUCGGUGGCUACACCUACAGUGCAAUGCCUCCCGUCGCCAGCAGGGGUUGUUCCUUCAGUACAGGAUGCACUGGAUGCACACACGGCAUCAAAACAGAGGGUUACUCCUCCCCUCAGGGUGACCACAGCCCCUCCCUCCGCCCCCCCUCCCUGCCCAUCUCCAGCUGCCCUCUCUCCACCGUGCCCUCCUCCACCCAGACCCAACCCCACCUGCUGACCCCGCUGUCGGGCCGAGACCAGCCCCAGGCCCGUUUAAAGCUGGCCACUGAAUGCCCGCAAGGAAACGAGCCCGCCACCGGCUCCCUGUCCAUGGGACGCACUCGGCUGACCCACAAACAGCCGUCGCCUCUGCCGAGCUUCGGAAGCGCCAAGCAGAAGAGAGUCAGCCGCAGACGAGCCACCAACGGCUGGAGGCCUGUUGGUAUGCCGACGGAGAGGGAUGUCUUCAUUGCGGGAGAGGAUGAGACGGCCCCGCGGCAGUGUUACGAAGGAGUGCAGAGAGACGGCGAGGUGAUCCACGUCAGAGACACCGUGCUGCUCCGAUCGGGACCCAGGAAGAAAUCCCUCCCGUAUGUCGCCAAGAUAUCAGCGCUGUGGGAGGACCCCAAGACAGGAGAGCUGAUGAUGAGCCUUUUCUGGUACUACCGACCUGAGCACACACAGGGAGGACGAGAUCCGAGCACACACUGUGAGAAUGAGAUUUUCGCCUCUCGGCAUCAGGAUGAAAAUAGUGUGGCCUGCAUAGAAGACAGAUGCUACGUCCUCCCACUAGCCCAGUACUGUAGAUUUUGUGCCUUGGUGAAGCGGCGUGCCGAAGGCGCCCCACCCGGCAGCACCAGCGUGGUGCCCUGCCGCCCCGACUUGCCCCCCUCCCACCGCUGUGUGCCCACAGACGUCGACCCCGAGCUGGUGUAUCUCUGCCGGCACGUCUACGACUUCCGCUUCGGACGCAUCCUGAAGAACCUGCAGUAGGAGGAUUAGACGGGGGUCUGAAUUAAUCAUACCGUAGCUCCCAACUCCUGCACAAGGGCGGCGGCGGCGGCGGUUUGGUGGGUGUUGAAGGACUAAUCACCGCCUGUCUUUUUACUGCUGGGGACGUUAACGAUCAGAGUGAAGCAAAAAGUGUUUGACACAUUAUGAAGCACAGAUCCCUUUAGUUGACUACAGAGGGGUUACAAUGUGACGGAUGAAUCACUCUCAAUAAGAGCACCAAUAUUUCCUGGUUGGGAUGAACGAACGGAGAAAGAAUUCAUUCAUCAGCUGGGACUUUUUCACAUGGAGGCUUGUGUGUGUGUGUGUGCUGAACACCAGGCUGAACUGGGCUGCUGUCAGGACUAUGUUUCCCCCCAAAGCGUCUUAGCACAACAAUCAUGUUUGUUCCAUUUGUAAGCGAAUGGCUCCAGGAGCGGUCCGGCGCUGAGGUGCUCUCCGGAGGGGGAACACACACACGCCUACGCUGUCAGCUCGAUGUUAACGCCGCUCAACCAGCCGGGGCUGAAGGAGCAGCUAACGGAGAGCGACGUCGUCUCGUUUCUCCUGAUUUGAGUUUUUGUCUCAGCUGUGCCGUUUUCUGUGUGUGUGUGUGUGUGUGUGUGUGUGAAAGAGCGAGUGGGAGAAGCGAGUGUCAGUGCAGAUAACUGGAUAAAUGUGUGAUGGUGUUUUGUUUUUUUAAAGGAGGCUUUCAGGCAAUCAAACCAAACAAGCAGCUUUAGAGGAAGCGUCAUCGUCUCUCCUGUGUGACACUGACGGAAACAUUUUUCAUCUCCAGUGAUGCUCUGCGCAAACUAAAAUACUGAACCUGAAGGGGGAUUGUGGGACCGAUUAUUCCUCCACCCAAAACCCACUCUAGAGCAGGCGCUUCUCUUACUUAGGUCAGGACGCUAAAAAUGUCUCUAAACUGAUUUUAUAAUCAAAAACACAUUUUCAAACUAUCUUUUUUUCCUGACCUGAAGAAGCCUUGUUCUAGAGAGGCUCUUCUAACGGUCCAAUAGAGAAGACAGAUUGUUUUUCCUCGUAUUUUUUUUCACCUUAGCUGCUCCAUGUGACUUGCCUUAUGACGUGCAGGUAGAGCUUUAGGCAGCUAGUCUCACAACACACAACUAGGAGGUGGUGGAACAGGUGUACUGUAAUCCCAAGAGAAAAGAAAAUCAGCUGACAGCUAUGACACGAUCACUGGACAAAUUGCACCGGUUUAGGGCUGCAACUGAUGAAUUACUGUGUAGCUGUUUUGUCAAUUAAGUGUUGCAAAAACAAUGAAAUUGCCUUUUUAUGGUUUUCCAAUAGUCCGAAGUUCAAUUAUGUUAUUUUAUUAAACAAACAGUCCACAAAAAUUCAGGUAAUUUACAUGUACGAUAAGGAAAAACAUUACAUUUUUACAUUUGACGAGCUAAGCAACGUUUGGCAUUUUAAAGGAGCUGUGUGUGGCAUUUAGGGGGAUCAAUUGGAAGGAAUGGAAUAUAAUAUUAAUAAGUAUGUUAAAUUUAGUUUAUAAUAACCUGAAAAAAAAGACACGAUAGAUCCGUGAGCAGUUUUAAUGGGAGAAGUUUCAGUUAGUUGCAAUCUGCAAACUCACCACUAGAGGGCCACACAUCCUUGCACCUUUUCAGAAACGAUUAAAACUAUUAUCAAUAUAGUUGCGGAUUCAUUUCCAGUCAUCGUUGCAGCUCUAAACUGGUUAGAAAAACACUGUGCACUUCAACACGUCAUCGAUCUGCUGUGCUCGAGCUGCUAGUGUUGCGUUCAUGUCUACUCUACCCGUUCUAAUUCUAAAUCCACACUAAUUAUUUUCUCCCUCCUCCUCCUCCUCCUCCCCCCCCGUCCUCCCCCUGAAGAUAAACCAAAGGAUGUCACAAAACCCAGAGUCCCCGUCUCCUCCCUUCGCACUUCUCCUCCUCGUCAGCACUUCUGCCCUCGUUCCCUUUAUUGUAUUGCACUAAUCCAUUCCUUAAUUACGUUUUUUUUU